CAACAUUUUUGACAUUUUUUAAGGACAGUUUGAGUGGUCUAGUGUUGUUGUCCUUAUAGACAGAUUAUACAAGUGAGGUACAAAUUACAUAGUCCAUCUAUGAGUCGUCAUCUCUCAUAAGUGUAUUCAGGAUUUCCUCUGAAUAUUUCUGUUAUUUUCAUACCGGAAGCAAGACAACAAACUUAACAAGUGGUAGUUGAUGCAACACUAUAGCCAGAGAGUAAUGGAAGAUUUAGAUGCAUUAUUGGCUGACCUUCAGAACACCACCACACAAGUACGACAAUACCAGCACGCGGACGGAUCCAAUCGCGCCGGGGAUGUAGGUCAGCCAAGGGAGCCGGUACAGAACCAUGCUCAGUACAGAAGCACUAACAAUGAUUAUGAUGAGAGGUACACACGGAGGUCUAGUGGCAGUGAGACACCACCACCCCUACCACCUCCGCCACCCCAAGAACUUCUGGAGAGCAUUCCACCACCCAAACAGUUUGAUCAGCCUAUGUAUUAUGAGACCGGGGUGACACAGGUGAACGCCGAUCAGCCUCGGACAUCACAACUGAGCAACAAUCUGUCCGAGCUUGACCAGCUCCUUAAGGAUCUCAACUCGGCUCAAUUCAUGGCAGAAGUGGACAAACGCAAUUCAGGAAAUCAGCCUAUUACAAAUGGAGGAGGUAAACAACCCCCUCCAGUGGCCCCAAAGCCCUCCCGAGAGGACAGAACAUCUGUAGGAGGCCUCCUGGAUAUGUUAGAAGGUUCAGUGCCUGACACACCCAAUAAUAACUAUAGAAGUCCCCCCACCAAUGAUAACUAUGAAUACACCUCCGAUGUACCACCUGCCCAGCCCCAACAGACCACGAUUCAGAUCCAGCCUAAACCACAAGCCACUUCUACAGCAACCCGAGAGCUGGACGAACUCAUGGCAACAUUGUCUGGGUUCAAGGUCAGUGGAGGUAGCUCGCAUGAGAGAACUCAGAGGUCAGUCUCCCCUUCUAGUGAACCACCCUAUGCUAAACCCCAAAAGAGAAACCCCUCUCAGAGCAGUGCUCCAUCCACCCCUGUUGCACCCCAGAGAGAAGAGCUAGAUUCCAUGUUGGGAAAUCUUCAUGAAGACAUGAAGAGCCAAGGAGUGACUACUAAAACUAAGGGUGUCUGUGGGGCAUGUAACCAGCCUGUGAUUGGUCAGGUGAUAACAGCUUUAGGAAAGGUAUGGCAUAUAGAACACUUCACCUGUGCUAACUGUAAUCUACCCCUGGGCACUAAGAACUUUUAUGAGAGGGACGGAGCAGCAUAUUGUGAAGAGGACUACCAUAAAAUAUUUGCCCCAAAGUGUGCCUACUGCAAUGGGUCUAUUGUAGAUAAAUGUGUAACAGCCUUAGAUAUGACGUGGCAUCCAGAGCAUUUUUUCUGUGCACAGUGUGGGAACCCUUUUGGUGAUGAUGGAUUCCAUGAAAAGAAUGGAAAGGCAUACUGCCGACAAGAUUUCCUGGAGAUGUUUGCCCCCCGCUGUGGUGGGUGUGGACAUCCAAUCCUUGACAACUACAUUUCAGCCCUUUCUAGACAUUGGCAUCCUGAGUGCUUUGUCUGUAGGGACUGUCACCAGCCAUUUGGAGGUCGUAGUUUCUUUGACCAUGAGGGUCUGCCAUACUGUGAGACCCAUUACCACGCCAAGAGGGGCUCCCUGUGUGCCACUUGUCAAAAACCAAUCACAGGUCGCUGUAUCACUGCUAUGAGCAAAAAGUUUCAUCCAGAACAUUUCACAUGUGCCUUCUGUCUAAAACAACUCAAUAAAGGGACAUUUAAAGAACAGAAUGACAAGCCCUAUUGUCACCCAUGCUUUGUUAAACUGUUUGGCUAAUGACCACACCCUUACAACUAUAGUCAAGUUAUGCAGGCUUUUUGUUAUGAUAUAUAUACAAUAUUGUAUUUUUAUAUGACAUAUCUAUGAUAUAUCUUUAUUUGGAUGACAUUAUUUUUACAUUAAUCACCUUUUUUUCACAUCAGCAAACUUCUUGCUUGUUAGAUACAUAUUUUAGUAGUUUAUGUCGUAGUUUUGCCAGCAAAAAUUAAUUGUAUUGCUUCAGUGUUAAGUUUCUGUUUUAAUAUUUACAUAAAUCAAUGAAACACAACAAACUAUGCUUCUACAUGUAAAAUCAUGGUAACAGAGACCAUACUAAACAUGGUCUGGAGAGGAUGCUCAAUAAACAUCAGAUAUUUUAUUGUACUUGUUCCACAGUACAGAUUCCAAUAUGUGACAAUACUUGCUGCCAUCUCAAAAUACUGCAGUACCACAAUGUGAAUCAAUGCCAUUUUAGUGUAUUAUUUAACCUCUUGUUCUGUCAAUUUCAAGUUGCUUUAAUUUAUCUGGUACCAUUAUUUAGACAGUUUUGUAUAAAGCUUUGCCAUUAUGAAUUGUUCAAACAAGUGAUAUUUAAUCCUAUCUUAAAGGGAAAUGAAUAUAGGAUAUGUGUUAAGGUCAGACCUUAGAUUUGGAUAGUUGUACUGAAAAGAUGCUGAUAUAUGAAGUGAUAUGAUGUUGAUGAUAUUCAUGUAGAAUUUGUUUAAGAUAUAUUUACAUACACUUAAGGUAGCCAUAAUGAAUAAAAUUGUAACAGAACUGGAUCAUAGAAAAGUUUAUAAUGGCUUGUGAUAUAAUGCAAUUAUUUGUUUAUCUUGUCCAACAUCUUAAUAAUAAAUUUAAAAUAUU